AUGCUAUGCGAUCAACAAGGACAUAUUGCCUCGAAGUGUCCGACAAGGAAUACUUUGAUACAAGAAGUUCGAGUGGCUCCUGAAAUUCAGUCGAAGAUUGAAGAUCAGAAGUUCAGAAUGAAAUCUGAUACAAAGUGUUCAAGUUCGAUUGAGAUGUUGCGUAGUGGAGAUAAAAAGGCUGAUGGACUUCAGACCUCCUGCACAAAAAGCGCACAUGCAAAGGAGAAUAAUGUUGGUAUGAACAGAGAGUUCACAGAAGCCAAUAGUCAGAAUAACGGAAAUUGUGAUGAAGAUCAGAAAUCUGAAAGGGAUCAGAGAGUAUGUAGUGCAUCAUUGUUGAAAACAAAGAAGCAAAAUGACCAACAAAAAAAAGUUUCUCAUGUGAUUUCAAGUUUUGGAGAUCUGAAGAGAGAUCGGAAAGAACAGAAUAUUCAGAAAAGUUUUGUGAACUGUGAUUCGAUGCAGUCUUCCAUGUCCUCAGAAGAUGGAGAUGGAAAGAAAAAAGGAAGGACCAGAAAGCUGUUGACAAUGAAAUAUUUGAAUAUACGAUUCGGCAAGGACGAUCAUCUGGGGCAGCAUGUCCUUCACGUGCAGAUCUUCCAAUUCAUACCACUUUCCGGAACCCUGAUGGACGAUUUGAAUUCGAUAGUUUCCAGUUUCAAAAGUCCCCUCAUGAACCACAUUUGCCACAAGAUCAUCAACAUUGACGAUGGGGAAGUUGACGAUGGUGGGAUUCUUCUCAACGAACCACUGAUUCUUUUGGAAUCGUUUGUAGGAGAUGAUGAGGAACUCGGGGAGCUUCAACAGCUCAUAUCGCUUCAUAAUAUUGUCAUUGUAGGUUCUGUACUCUUUCUCCGUUUUUCCAUUGAAUUUCUCGAGGAGAGUGCUGAGUGGCACUUGAGGGAUGAUAUUCUGAAGUUGAACGUCACGGUAGAGAGGAGCCGCUGGUAG